AUGGGUUUGUGUUUUGAUAUUCUCGAUGGUUUGUCGAGUUUGCAACAAUUUUGUUUUGAAGCCCUGUGGAAGGGUCUUUUUCGAACAGCUGCAGUGGGGUUGGCUUCCUUCAUUAGUGCUGCUGUUGGAACAGGCGUUGUGGCUGUUGUCGGGCUCCCUGUUGUUCUCAGUGCACUGGGAUUCAAAGGUGCAGGUGUAGCAGCUGGUUCAGUUGCUGCUGCGACUCAGUCAGGAAUCGGCAACGUUGUCGCUGGCAGCUGGUUUGCAGCCUGCCAAAGCGUUGGCGCAGCUGGACUCGGUGCUGCUGCCAUGGCUAAGAUAGGCGUUGCUGCUGGAGCUGUUGGUGGAGCUGUCACAGGAAUGACAGGAGCAGUCUACAAGAGGAUUGUGAAAUAG